GCGCAGCAGGAAGGCUCUUCCCUCCCCCCUCCAUGGAGCCAUGGCGAGCCUGGUCACGCUGGAGCGUCUGCUCGUCUGGAGCGCAACCUUCGCCAUGAUCCUCAGCUUCUCCUUCGCGGCGUUCCUCUGCGCGCGCUGCAUGCUUUACCUCAGGAGAACCAGGCGGAAGAUCGGCAGGCAAAGGGAGCUGGUGAAGCACAUCGCCGCGAUCGCAGGGGCGGACGCAUCGAUGGCCGCGUGGAGCUACACGGGCUCGACUUUUGUUUUAUCCUGA